AUGCGCGCUCUUCGGAUUCUCUGGCUUUUUCUUUGGGCCGUGUCCAGUCUUGUCUAUGCAACUAGCGAUGGCAACACGACCGACGUGACAUGGGACGAAUACAGUCUCUUGGUGAAUGGCGAGAGGGUGUUCAUCUUCUCCGGUGAAUUCCACUAUUUGCGCCUGCCAGUUCCGGAAAUGUGGUUGGACGUCUUCCAGAAGCUACGAGCCAGUGGAUUUAAUGCAGUUUCUCUUUACUUCUUCUGGAGCUACCAUUCAGCUUCCGAGGGUACGUUUGACUUUGAGACGGGCGCCCAUGAUAUUCAGCGUGUCUUUGAUUACGCCAAGCAGGCUGGUUUAUACGUCAUUACUCGCCCGGGUCCGUACAUCAAUGGUGAAAGCAAUGCUGGAGGCUUCGCACUAUGGGCAGCAAACGGUCAGAUGGGAAGCGAGCGUACAAGCGCGACUGCUUACUAUGACCGCUGGUAUCCGUGGAUCGAGAAAGUCGGCGCCAUAAUUGCAGCUAAUCAGAUCACGAAUGGUGGACCCGUUAUUUUGAACCAACAUGAGAAUGAACUCCAGGAAACCACCCACUCCGCAACUAAUACUCUCGUUCUAUACAUGGAGCAAAUUGCUGCCGCUUUUAGUGCCGCUGGCAUUGUUGUUCCCAGCACUUCAAACGAGAAGGGUAUGCGCAGUGAGAGCUGGUCGACGGAUUAUGAAGAUGUUGGUGGCGCAGUUAAUGUGUAUGGGCUGGACUCUUAUCCUGGUGGACUUUCCUGUACCAAUCCAAACUCGGGAUUCACUCUCGUCCGGACCUACUACCAGUGGUUCCAGAACUACUCGUACACGCAACCCGAGUACUUUCCCGAGUUUGAGGGGGGAUAUUUCCAGCCCUGGGCUGGAUACUUCUAUGAUCAAUGCACCGAAGAACAGUCUCCAGAGUUUGUUGACGUCUACUACAAGAACAAUAUUGGUUCAAAGAUCACGCUGCAAAGCCUUUAUAUGGCUUUUGGUGGCACCAACUGGGGUCACACUGCUGCGCCGGUUGUUUAUACUUCUUACGAUUAUUCGGCACCUUUGCGAGAGACCCGCGAGCUUCGUGACAAGAUCAAGCAAACUAAGUUGCUGGGCUUGUUCACCCGCGUCUCAUCUGGUUUGUUAAAAACCGACAUGGAAGGCAACGGUACUGGGUAUACGAGCGAUGACAGCAUCUAUACUUGGGCCCUGCGCAAUCCGGACACCCAGGCUGGCUUCUACGUCGUUGCGCACGAUACCAGUUCAUCUCGCGACGUGACCACCUUUUCUUUGAAUGUCACCACUACAGCUGGUGCUAUCACUAUCCCGGAUAUUGAGCUUAAUGGACGACAGAGCAAAAUCAUUGUUACCGAUUACGAAGUUGGCAAAGCUUCGAGUUUACUCUAUUCAUCGGCGGAGGUGUUGACUUAUGCCACUUUGGACGAAGAUGUGAUAGUUUUCUAUAUGACUUCUGGACAAAAGGCAGUGUUCGCCUUUGUGGAUCCACCAACGCAUCUGACAUUCAAAACAUACGGUACUUCGAAUGUGACAUCAGCGACAGUCAAUAAUAGGACAGAGUACACAUACACUCAAGGAGAUGGGAGUACAGCUCUCAAAUUCUCCAAUGGUGUUCUCAUCUAUCUCCUGGAGACGGAAACAGCUUGGAACUUUUUUGCGGUUCCAACAACGACAAACCCCAAUGUUUCCCCGAGCGACCACAUAUUGGCUCUCGGGCCUUACCUGGUUCGUGAAGCUAGCAUUUCUGGGGAAACCGUCAGCCUGGUGGGUGAUAAUGCAAAUACCACCUCUAUUGAAGUAUAUACUGGUGAAUCUAAAGUGACCAAAAUCAAAUGGAAUGGAAAAUCAAUUACGACCAAAAAGACCGCGUAUGGAAGUCUCAUAGGUUCUGCGCCUGGAGUUGGAUCUACUAAGAUUUCACUUCCAACACUCAAAUCUUGGAAAUCCCAAGACACUAUCCCCGAGAUUCAGGCCGACUAUGAUGACUCACGCUGGGUGGUUUGCAAUAAAACCACCACAGUCAAUGCUAUAGUCCCUCUCACACUCCCCGUGCUUUAUUCCGGUGAUUAUGGUUAUCACGCUGGAACGAAGAUCUAUCGUGGUCGAUUUGAUGGGGUCAAUGCGACGAGUUCCACUGUCACGGUGCAGAAUGGGGCCGGGUCUGGCUGGGCCGCGUGGGUGAACGGGGCCUACGUGGGUGGGGCUCUGGGCAGCCCAGCCCUCGCCGCGACCUCCGCAGUUCUAACUUUCAACCAGUCAAAUCUUCGGGAAACCGAUAAUGUUUUGACGGUAGUGAUGGAUUAUACGGGUCACGACGAGGCCAGUGUCUCCCCAGAUGGUCCACAGAAUCCCCGUGGUAUUCUCGGGGCCACACUUUCAGGCGCCAAUUUCACCUCCUGGCGUAUCCAAGGCAACGCUGGCGGUGAAUCCAAUAUUGACCCCGUUCGGGGUCCAAUGAACGAAGGUGGGCUAUAUGGAGAACGUCUAGGCUGGCAUCUCCCCGGUUACACACCGCCCAAAACUGCGGGCACGGAGAGCCCCCUGGAUGGCGUCUCUGGUGCCGAGGGCCGCUGGUACAGCACGACCUUUGAUCUCGAUCUGGAUUCAGACUUGGAUGUGCCUAUUGGUCUGCAACUGGGUGCGGCCGACAACACCACGGCCGUGGUGCAAAUCUUCAUGAACGGGUACCAGUUUGGCCAUUACCUGCCUUAUCUGGGCCCACAAACCUUGUUUCCCUUCCCACCUGGAAUUAUCAAUAAUCGUGGAGAAAAUACUUUGGCCAUUAGCCUCUGGGCUUUGACAGAGGAGGGCGCCCAACUCAAUCAGGUGGAAUUGAGUGCAUAUGGAGCGUAUCGGACGGGAUUCAACUUUAACCAGGAUUGGUCGUACUUGCAGCCGAAGUGGAAGAAUGAUCGGAGUCAAUAUGCAUGA